GUGAAUGAUCUAGGAGGGGACUUCAUGGGAGUUGGUAAAGGCUCCUUAGCUGCUGAUAAGGUUGUUGAAGAAAUAAGAAGGAAAGGCGGAAAAGCAGUGGCCAACUAUGAUUCAGUGGAAGCAGGAGAGAAGGUUGUGAAGACAGCACUGGAUGCUUUUGGAAGAAUAGAUGUUGUGAUCAACAAUGCUGGAAUUUUGAGGGACCGUUCCUUUGGUAGAAUAAGUGAUGAAGACUGGGAUAUCAUCCAGAGAGUUCAUUUGCGGGGCUCAUUCCUGGUGACCCGGGCAGCGUGGGAUCACAUGAAGAAACAGAAAUUUGGAAGGAUCAUCAUGACUUCAUCGGCUUCAGGAAUAUAUGGCAACUUUGGCCAGGCAAAUUAUUGUGCUGCAAAGCUGGGUCUUCUGGGCCUUUCAAAUUGUCUUGCAGUUGAAGGCGAGAAAAGCAACAUUCAUUGUAACACUAUUGCCCCUACUGCUGGAUCACGGUUGACCCAGAACAUUUUGCCUGAUGAUCUUCUGGAAGCUCUGAAGCCAGAUUACGUGGCACCCCUGGUCCUUUGGCUUUGCCAUGAGAGUUGUGAGGAAAAUGGUGGCUUGUUUGAGGUUGGAGCAGGAUGGAUUGGAAAAUUACGAUGGGAGCGGACCCUUGGAGCCAUUGUAAGACAGAGGACUCAGCCAAUGACUCCUGAGGCGGUGAAGGCUAACUGGACGAAGAUCUGUGACUUUGAUAAUGCCACCAAGCCUCAGAGAAUUCAAGAAUCAAUUGGCGGUAUAAUUGAAGCUCUAAAUAAAAUAGAUUCAGAUGGAGGAGUUUCGGCAAAUCACACCAGUAAUGUGACAUCAACAGCUACAUCGGGAUUUGCUGGAGCUAUUGGCCAUAAACUUCCUCCAUUUUCUUCUUCUUAUACGGAACUGGACACUAUUAUGUAUGCCCUUGGAGUGGGAGCAUCUAUCAAGGAACCGAAAGAUUUGAAAUUUAUUUAUGAAGGGAGUUCUGAUUUCUCCUGUUUGCCUACCUUCGGAGUUAUUCUAGCUCAGAAAUCUAUAAUGGGUGGAGGAUUAGCAGAGAUUCCUGGGCUCUCAGUCAACUUGGCAAAGGUUCUUCAUGGGGAGCAGUACUUGGAGUUAUAUAAACCACUUCCCAGAGCAGGAAAAUUAAAAUGUGAAGCAAUUGUUGCUGACGUCCUGGAUAAAGGAUCCGGUUUAAUAAUUCUUAUGGAUGUCUACUCUUAUUCUGGGGAGGAACUUAUAUGUUAUAAUCAGUUCUCCAUCUUUGUUGUUGGCGCUGGAGGCUUUGGUGGAAAACGGACGUCAGACAAAGCUAAGGUAGCUGUAGCCAUACCUAAUAGACCUCCUGAUGCUGUACUUACAGAUACCACCUCACUUAAUCAGGCUGCUUUGUACCGCCUCAGUGGAGACUGGAAUCCCUUACACAUUGAUCCUGACUUUGCUAACUUAGCAGGUUUUGACAAGCCCAUAUUACAUGGAUUAUGUACAUUUGGAUUUUCUGCCAGGCAUGUUUUACAGCAGUUUGCAGAUAAUGACGUGUCAAGAUUCAAAGCAAUUAAGGUUCGUUUUGCAAAACCAGUAUAUCCAGGACAAACUCUACAAACUGAGAUGUGGAAGGAAGGAAAUAGAAUCCAUUUCCAAACCAAGGUAUGGAUAAUGUAG